AUGGCAACAGAAUCAAAAUUAACAAAAAAUCUAUAUACUGAUAUUACAAGAUUAAAACUAUUAAACAAAUCGGAUGCGGAAGUGAAAUUUCUAUUGUUGACUUCACCAUUUACUGGUGAUGAAGAUGAUGAUGAUUUGGCCGAUAAAAAACGAGAAGAAUAUUCUAUUACUGGACAAAUAUAUCCAAAUUCAGAAAUAUAUCGGGAACGUUCUUAUGCAAUAGAAAUAAUACUAACCAAAACGUUUCCACUUGACCCACCUAAAGUUCGUUUUAUCACUCCUAUUUAUCAUCCUAAUAUCGAAGAAAAAGGAGAUUUCUGUAAUGAUUUAUUGGUGAAAACUGCCAGAUGGACACCUAGAACUUCAUUAGUGGAGAUUGUGAAAAUCGUUGUGAAACAUGUUGAUGAACCUGAUGCAGAUAAUCCAGUUCGAGCUGCAUUAGGUGUUGAAUAUAAAACUAAUCGACCUAAAUUCAAUCAACACGCAUUAGAACAUGUCCAAAAAUAUGGAUUACCAAGAUGA